AUGGAGUGUCGAAGGAGGAGGCUGGUUCUUAUGUGUAUUGCUGAGCCGGUUCUUAUGUGUAUUGCUGAGCCGAAAAUCCCUUAUUCAGAUGGUGUUAUGUUACGGCUUAAUUUAGCUGGUUUUGUUAAGAAGGCAGUUCAUAAUUCUACUUCAAGUUCUAUUGGUAAUCUUUGGAUUCUUUGGAGUGAAGAUAUUGAAGAGCCAAUGGUGUUAAAUAUGACUAGGCAGGCUAUUACGGUGAAGACAGAAGGAGUCUUUAUUUCUUGUGUUCAUGCUAGUUAUAUCCAAGUUUUUAGAAGGAGAUUAUGGAGUCAACUUUCUAUGGUGGAUUCUACUACUCCUUGGUUGGUAAUUGGAGAUUUUAACUGUGUUCUUCGCAAUGAUGAGAAGAAGGGUGGUAGAUAUGUUCUUACUUAUAGUAUUAAUGAAUUCAGUGACUGGAUGGAAGAGAAUGGUCUUUUUGAGGCAGAUUCUUUGGGUUCUAAGUUCACUUGGACUAAUGGCCAAUCGGGGGUGAGAAGAAUUAUUAGCAAGCCGAGACGUGCUCCUUUCAGAAUUCAGAAAAUGUGGUUUACGCAUCCUGAUUUUUUGAGAAUGGUUGAGACUUCUUGGAAUGCUCCGGUGUAUGGUAAUCCGGAUUUUAUUUUUCCUUUUCAAGCUGAAGAGGUGAAGGUAUCUAUGAAGUUGUGGAAUCAACAGGUGUUUGGUAAUGUUAAUGCAAGACUCAAACAAGCUCAAUUUAAGUUUGAAGUGGCUAGUAGGAAUUCAGAUGAGGACCCUUUUGACAUUUCUAAGCAGAAUGAGAUGAAGGAUGCGCUUGUGGCUGUUCAGGAGGUGCGUAUACAUCAGCAUAUUAUGUUGAGACAAAAAUCUCGCAACAAAUGGAUCUUGGAGGGUUCUAGCAAUACUUCAUAUUUCCAUAGUACUAUUAAUAAUCGUAGAAGUGUCAAUACAAUUUCGGAGUUGGUGACAAAUGAUGGGUCCCUUAUCAUUGAUCCGGACCAAUUAAGAGACCAUGUUGUUUCUUAUUAUGAGAGUAAAUUUAAUGGAGUAGAUACGCAGAUUGAGGAUAGUUUGUUUGAGUAUGAACAUAAUUAUAUUUCUCUCGAGGAAAGACAUAUGUUGGAUUCUAUUCCUUCUUUGGAGGAAAUUAAGGUGGCGGUGUUUGAUUUGGGUGCGGAUAGUGCUCCAGGUCCGGAUGGUUUCUCGGGGUGUUUUUAUAGACAUUGUUGGGAUUUAAUUCAUCAAGACCUAGCUAAGGCUAUUAUUUUUUGUUGGAACAACAAAACUAUUCCUAAUGGGGCUAAUUCUAGUCUCAUUCUUUUGCUUGCUAAGGGGAGAAAUAUUCAUGAGAAUAUUAGUUUGGCGUCUGAAUUGGUUAAUGAGCUGCACAUUAAAAGAAAGGAUGGCAACUUAGGUCUCAAACUUGAUAUUUAUCAAGCUUUUGAUACAGGUAAUAUGAUGAGUCUAACAAACUUAGUGAAGCUCCUGGGUGAUUAUCAAAAAGCUUCUGGUCAGCGAGUUUCCAGGGAGAAGAGCAAAAUUUAUUUUGGAGGUGGGCCUUUGCAUAGGAGACAGUCUAUUGUAGACUUCUUAGCCAUGGGAGUGACUUAUUUCCCGGAUAGAUAUUUGGGGGUUAAGGUGAUGCCUGGAGUGGUGAAGUAUAGACAUAUUAGUAACGUGGUGGAUAAUCUGAAGGACCAGCUUUCGGUUUACAAAGGUAAGAUGCUUUCCUUUCAGGAUCGUGUGGUACUUGUUAAAACUGUCCUUUCAAGUUAUGUGAUUCAUAACAUGGUUGUGUAUAAAUGGCUUGUUAAAUUUGUUAAACAAUGUGUACGUGUGAUUCGUAAUUUCCUUUGGUCGGGAGAUUCAAACUUAGCUAGAGCUUUCGUGGUUGGUUAUGACAAGAUAUGCAGUCCGGUGCGGAAAGGGGGUCUUGGGAUUACUAGCCUAAGCAACAUGAACAAGGCACUGAUUAUGAAGUUGUGGUGGAGUAUUAAAGCUUUUACGAAGAAAUGGGCUAGAUUUCUGGAAUCGAAAUUCACUUGUAGAGAUGGUCGGCUGAAGUUGGCUGGAGUUAAAUCUUCAAUUCUUCUUGGGAUUCGUUGGGUGCACACUGAAGUUAUGCGCAAUACUAAAUCUUUAAUUGGUGACGGUAGAGGAACUUCACUAUUUUAUGAUGUAUGGUAUGGGUUUGAAACUUUGGCAGAUGUUUUGCAACAACCUGACCUUGACAGAAAUGCAAGGGUUAGUGAUAUCAUUGUGCAGGAUCAAUGGCAGCUGGAAGGAGUUCAUAUGCACGACCUCGUCAAUGCUGGUGUGGAUAUGGAGAGCUUGCCAAGGAGGCACACAGGCAGUGAUAGGAAGAUAUGGAUGUCUAAUCUUAAAGGUUUAUUCUCUGUUAAGUCUGCAAGGGAGCUGGUGAGGAUGAGAUAUCCGGUGCUGGAGGAAGCAAAUCUGUUAUGGAAGAGUGUUGUGCACCCUUCUUUGGCAGCGCAAAAUUGGAAGUUUGUCAGGGGAGCUUGUGCAACUCUGGAUAAAAUAAAGAGCAGGUUCAAGAUAGCUCUUCCGUCGAGGUGCAGUGUGUGCCAGAUUGAGGAGGAGUCUUUGGAACAUGUUCUUUGGAGAUGUAGUGCUGCGAAUCGGGCUUGGCAAUGGCUGGCAGGUAUUUUCCAUAUUAUUCCUCAUUAUAACUUGCUUGCUGCUAACAAGGAAGUGAAAUGGCGUAGUAGAAUGGUUAAAGACCUGUGGUUAGUCUCAAUCUUGGUGUUGCAUUUGGAGCUGUGGUACCAAAGGAAUAAGAUGGUCUAUGAAAAGAAGAAGCCUUGCUGGACUUUAUUCAAAAAACGUGUGUUUAACCUCAUUCAUGAGUACUCGGCUAGAAUGACAGGAUGUAUGUUCAACAAGGUAGAAGAUUUUGAGAUUCUGAAUUUUUUCAGAGUUAAAUGUCGUAGGGUGAAUAUGUUAGAGCCUGUUGAGUGUUUUUGGCAACCUCCUAUCCAGAAUCAGCUUUUGAUGUGCUGUGAUGGUGCCUCUAGAGGCAAUCCAGGGGUGGCGGGAGUUGGUGUGGUGGCGAGAAAUUCUGCUUGUGAAGUGGUUGGGGCGAUGUGUGUUGGUCUUGGAAUUAUUUCCAAUUAUAUGGCGGAGUUGUAUAACAUUCUGAUUGGUUUAGAAUGGGCAGUUCAAUGGGGAUACCGGGAUGUUCUAGUGCGGACUGAUUCAUCAAGUGUCAUAACAGCUUUGGAAGGGGAUUCUAUUCGUUAG